GCCAGUUAUCGCUAACCUGCAUCCGUGCACCGCUGCAGCUGUUGCUCUCCGGGAGAGGAUUGGUUGUUUUCUUUAGAUGCAUUUCUGCCGGUAACGCCCACGAUGCCUCUCAUUGACGACGGCUUCGAGGCCCUGCUCGAGCCCUUUUACAACGGCAAAAAGCUGACGGAUCCCGUCUCGACAAAGGACGACAAGUUUCAGCUCUUGCCCGCAUUUCUAAAGGUCAAAGGUAUGUUUAUUUGUCUUGGAAAUGGUUAAAAAUACCGGCAUACUAAUUUAUGUUCUGUCACCAGGUCUCGUUAAACAGUAUGUCGCUUCCAAACAUACAACUACACCAACGCUUCGGCCACUGACUCAUCCCACAGGCACAUUGAUUCCUACAACUUCUUCGUCGAGCACGAGAUCAAGGAGAUUGUACGCGCCAAUCGCACAAUUCGAAGUGAUGUUGACAGCAACUUUUGGCUAGAAUUCACUGAUAUCAGAGUCGACCAACCCCGACGACAAGACUACAACGAUGCCAAAUCAAGAUCAGAGGUUACUCCUAUGGAGUGCCGUCUGCGAGACAUGACCUAUGCCGCCCCUAUAUUAGCCGAUAUUGUAUACAUCCGAGACAAGCAAAAGAUUGUUCGUCGCGGCGUUCCGCUUGGUCGCAUGCCCGUCAUGCUGCGAAGUUCGAGAUGCAGACUGCACGGUGCUACAAAUGCCCAGAUGGACAUGAUGAACGAAUGCCCGCUCGAUCCUGGUGGUUACUUCAUCAUCAAUGGUACCGAAAAGGUUAUUCUUAUCCAGGAACAGCUCAGCAAGAACCGUGUUAUUGUCGAGGCUGACGAGAAGAACCACGUCAUCUCCGCAACUGUCACCAGUUCUACGCACGAACGAAAGUCCAAGACGAACGUUACACUCAAGAAGGAUCGUAUUGUUUUGACGCACAACAUCCUUGUCGAAGGCAUUCCCAUUGUUAUCGUUCUCAAGGCGCUGGGUGGAUUGUCUGAUUUCGAAAUCAUCCAAUUGGUAGCUGGUGGAGAUGGCCGUUAUCAAGACGAAUUCAUUGUCAACUUUGAUGAGGCUGCCAAGGCUGGUGUCUAUACACAGCAUCAGGCUCUCGAUUACAUUGGUGCAAGAGUAAAGAUGGGCUCAAGACGGGGUCAAUUUGGCCCUCAGAUCCGUCGCAACAACGUGGAAGAGGGUCUGGAUGCGUUGGCAAACCUCAUCAUCGCUCACGUUCCUAUUGAAGGUCUUGACUUCUAUCCCAAGGCAAUUUACGUCGCCAUGAUGACGAGAAAGGUCCUCAUGGCUUCCCAGGACAGCAAGCUUGUCGACGAUCGUGACUUUGUCGGAAACAAGCGUCUGGAAUUGGCUGGUCAGCUUCUGUCACUUCUCUUUGAAGAUUUGUUCAAGAGAUUCAUGAGCGAGGUCAAGAUGUCCAUUGACAAGUUUCUGAAAAAGAACAACAGAGCAGUGCCCCUCGAUGCUGUGCACAUGAUUAGCAAUCAUGCCAACAACAUCGGAAUCGGCAUCAACCGCGCCAUCCAAACUGGUAACUGGAACGUCAAGCGUUUCAACAUGAACCGAGCCGGUGUGACGCAUGUUCUGAGCCGACUGAGCUACAUCAGCGCGCUAGGUAUGAUGACCAGAAUUAGCAGUCAGUUUGAAAAGACAAGAAAGGUGUCUGGUCCUCGUGCUCUCCAGCCUUCUCAGUGGGGUAUGCUGUGCCCAUCUGAUACUCCAGAAGGUGAAGCCUGUGGUCUCGUCAAGAAUUUGGCUCUCAUGACGCAUAUUACCACCAACGUCGAUGAGGAACCAGUGAAGCGCUGGAUCUUCACACUCGAUGUAGGUGUGCAGCCUAUCCGCAACUUCUCUGGUGCCGAGAUGCAUCGUGAAGGCUCCUUUAUUAUUCACGUCAACGGUACGCCGUUUGCUUUGACACGGUACCCAAAACGCUUCUGUGCAAAGUUCCGCACCAUGCGUCGAAAAGGUUGGAUUUCUCCCUUUGUCAGUGUCAGCAUCAACAACCAUUUCAACGCGGUACACAUUGCUACCGACGAAGGCCGUAUUUGCAGACCGUACAUUAUCGUUAAGAAUGGUGUACAAAGACUCAAAGCAGAGCACUUGAAGCUUCUUCAGCUUGGCAAGGUCACCUUUGACGACUUCCUCACCAACGGAGUGGUUGAGUACCUCGACGUCAACGAAGAAAACGACGCGCUCGUUACCAUCUACGAGCACCAAGUCACCCAAAGCACAACACAUUUGGAAAUCGAGCCCUUCACCAUCCUCGGCGCUGUUGCCGGCCUCAUCCCCUUCCCUCACCACAACCAGUCCCCCCGUAACACUUAUCAAUGCGCCAUGGGUAAGCAAGCCAUUGGAGCCAUUGCCUACAACCAGUUUAACCGCAUUGAUACCCUGCUUUACACCCUCGUUUAUCCACAGCGGCCGAUGGUCAUUACGAAAACCAUUCAACUCGUACAUUACGACAAGCUGCCGGCCGGUCAGAAUGCUACUGUCGUCGUCAUGUCAUACUCUGGUUACGAUAUCGAAGAUGCCUUAGUUCUGAACAAGGCAUCCAUCGACCGUGGCUUUGGCCGCUGCCAAGUCUUCCGAAAAUACACAACCGAGCUGCAAAAGUACCCUAACGGUCGUCGCGAACGAAUUGGCGAUCCCGUGAAUGAGAAUGACGGCGAACGACUGGUCCGAACCGCCAAACACGAGGCUUUGGAUGACGACGGCCUCGCAAGAGUCGGCCACCGAAUCAAGGCUGGCGAGGCCAUGGUCAAAAAGGAAACUCCACUGGAUCUCACCACUACCGGUAUUGGCUUGGACCGCGGACCCAGCGAGUACCGCGACUCGGCUGUAUCCUACCGUAUCCCCGACCCUGCAUACAUUGACAAAGUUAUGAUUUCGCAAACAGAAAAAGACACAACCGUCAUCAAGGUUCAAACCAGACAGACUCGUCGCCCCGAGCUUGGCGACAAGUUUUCUUCCAGACACGGUCAAAAGGGUGUCGUCGGUAUCAUUGUCGACCAGGAAGACAUGCCCUUUGCUGAUAACGGCCUAACCCCAGACAUUAUCAUGAACCCUCACGGUUUCCCGUCGCGAAUGACGGUCGGCAAGCUUCUUGAAUGUCUUACCGGAAAGGCGUCUGUUCUGGACGGCCGCAAGGACUAUGGUUUUGGUGAUGCUUUCCGCUCCCAUCCAGUUGAGGAGGUCAGUCAGGUUCUCCUGAACCACGGCUUUUCCUGGGAAGGCAAAGACUACUUCACCUCUGGUCUUACCGGCGAGCCCUUGGAAGCGUACAUCUUCAACGGCCCCAUCUACUACCAGCGCCUGAAGCACAUGGUGCAAGAUAAGAUGCAUUCUAGAUCCCGCGGUCCUCGCGCCAUCCUGACUCGUCAGCCGACAGAAGGUCGUUCGCGAGACGGUGGUCUGCGUCUGGGUGAAAUGGAACGUGAUUGUUUGAUCGCGUAUGGUGCUUCUCAGCUACUUCUUGAGCGUCUGAUGAUUAGCUCUGAUGGUGUCGUUAUUGAUAUCUGCCAGCAGUGUGGUCUAUUUGGCUACAAGGGCUACUGCCAGACUUGCAAGAGUACCCGCGAAGUAACCAAGAUGACUAUGCCCUACGCUGCCAAGCUCCUCGUACAGGAACUCAUCAGUAUGAAUGUCGGCGUGCGACUGCAGCUCGAGGAUGAGUUCCCUCAUCCGAAAUGAAGAAAUGUAAAUAUACUUGUAACGGAAUAAAUAGAUGCUCAAUAUAACGUCAUAAAAAUGAUUUCUUCUCUUUAAAACUCAGAGUCAUUAUGAGUCGUGCCGUAAUUGUUUAUACAUGUUUCAACGCGCCAUCUAUCUACAUUGUAUGCGCUCUAAGUAUUAUACAAGAAGGAUGGGGUAUACCAACAUAAGAGUCUAGCCACAUCAUGCCGCCUGUUCUGCCUUCACUGGCCGGUGGACCGCCUUUAGUCCGGCAGCUGUGACUUCGAAUUCGGUAGCGUCUGAAAUUCCCUGGCCAGAAGCGCCAGCGUGCGGUGCAAAGAUGACCUUCAUCCACCUCCGCCAUGAUUUCAGUGUUGGCGCAAGAUCAGCAUCGUCAUCGUCGCCCGCUUGCAACGGGGCAGCGACGCGUCUGGGUCGACCAUAUACAGGCCGCUUGAACAACGCUACACGGCACGAUAUCUGCGUAGACCAUACCAAUCCCAAGCUAGGCGUCUUUAGCGAGUGCGAGGAGUAAGGUUCGUCACCCCAGCCUGUGAACCAUCGUUGUUGGUGGUCCAGAUGCAGCGUUGGAGGAACAACCUCCUCUUCUGAUGGGGGAAACGGCAUAGAUGAGCUCGGUGUGCUUGAAAAUGUUGAUGGCGGGGGCAUCGGAUUGCUCCUGGAAGCCAAUGGACUCUCCGGUGGUACCAUUGGAUUCAUUCUAGGCGGAGCAUGCCGCAGCAUAUUGGUCGACGGCCCCGAGUCGAACCUGUCUGCCACCUGGUUCGCAACAACGACAGCCAGGCCAUGGAUUCUCGCCAAAUCACGGAGUACUGCGCCAAGUUUGACAAGCUGCGCGCUUCUUGCAGCCAUUACUGAUCCUCUUGAGCCCUUAUGCUCGAAUUCGGCGCGGUAGUUGGCAGCCACCGAGUCCAGAAUGAUCAGGCCAACAUUGUGUCGCUCAACCAGGACUGGAACCUGGUAUUCGAUAAUAUGGUCUUGGGAUUCGAGGUCCGGUGUGAUAGUACUAAGUAUAUUGUCGAGUGACGGCUUUGCGCCACCCUCGAGGUCCUUCAACAAGGGGUGGUUGGCGAGCAUCUGCGCAAGCCGACGCGUGGCCAAGCUAGAUUCCGUCGAGAUGUAGAGGGCGUUCUUUCCGAGCCCGCGAGGCUGGGGAAGCUGUACAGCUAAGCUGAGCGAGAGCAAGAACUGUGUCUUUGCAGCACCGCUUUCGCCGGCAAAUUCUGAAAUGCACCCGACGGGGAUCCCGCCACCGAGAGCCGCGUCCAACUCAUCGUCCAGUGUGCUUAUUACGCUUGGUUUCGGUAGCUCUUGCUCUGCCGAGCCAGCGGUAUCGCCUAAAAAGUCUGUAUCGACGGUGACAUCAUCAGAUAGUGAUACUUGGAUCGCAGCUAUAAAUCGUUUGAGGUCGAGCAACGGCACACGUGUCUGUUUGGCGAUAUCGGCGGGGUGGAGGGCGAGGAGGUCAGUUGUCGAGAAGUUGUGCUGCUCAACAGCAUUUAGUAUUUUCGCAAACGGUCCGGCAGGGAAUGAGGGUAUGAUAUGAAGCAAGUCGGUCAUUUAUCGUCGUCUGCCGCGUCAUUAAAGGCAGCAAUGGAGUUGUGGUUUCGUUUGUGGCAGAAGUGAUGUGUAGGAGCCAAGUCGCGAUGUGGCCAAUGCAGCAGUACCUGGUUGUUCCUUGACGCGUUUUAUAUCAUUUUCUGGUGUGUUUGGUCGCGUAUGGCAAAUUAAGGGUGUUGUUAUUUCUUCUCUUUCGUUAUUUGGCCCUCAGUGCAUUGAAGUUACUUUGAAU